AUCGCCGCUCUCCUUUUUUUUCUUUCUUUCCCGUUCUCCCUCUCUCUCUCUCUCACGCUCACUCGGUGUAUACCAGUUUUUUUUUUUUACUCCUAAUGGCGUCUGCUAUCAUUUGACCCGAUCCCGUUUUGUUUGCGUGCAAGCCGCGAUCGUUGUUCUCGUCGGCGUCAGCAGGUUAAAUUCAAAAACAUAUCUAUCAAAAGCCGUUAGUUUCGUCGUAUCCAACGUACACUUUCGUUUUGCGCACUACAACAACACCAUGUCCACCAAACGGCAGUCGAAGGGCAAGGCCAACGGAGUGUCGCGCAAAAAGUCAAAACUGGUCGAGGAAGACCCGUUGGACUUGACCGACGAAGAACAGGAUGACGACAGAAAAUCGUCCGACGACGAAGCCGGCGACAUGGCGGCAGAAGAGAACGAGUCCAUUAGAGUGAAGGGUCCAGAUCAUAUUGGUAUUGUACUCAUAACCGGUGGUACUAAUUGGGAUUUAAACGGUCGUAAAGCUGUGCCAAAAGGAGGCAAGUCAGUUGGACGCAACUUAUAUGAGCCCCACGUAUUCGUUCCACUUAAAGACACUCGUAUUCGUCAUGUCGUAAGUGGUUGUAACUCAUCACACACUAUUUUCAUUACAGAGGAAGGCAAAGCGCUGUCUUUAGGUCGUAAUGAAAAAGGUCAAUUGGGAGUGAAAGAUUUAAACAGACGGGACAUACCGACUCCAAUUGAAGGUUUACCUGAUCACGCUAUUGUUAAUGCCGCAACAGGCCGUAGCCAUACACUUCUUCUUACUGAUCGUGGCGCAGUCUACAGUUGUGGUGAUAAUAAGAAUGGUCAGUGUGGGUUGAAAUCUAAAGAACCCAUGAUUUUAACAGCAAUGAAGGUUAAAUAUAGUGGCCCUCCAAUUGUUAAGGUUGGUUGUGGUGCUGAAUUCAGUAUUCUGCUCGAUUGUAAGGGAACAUUGUAUUCAUUUGGUAUGCCUGAGUAUGGACAACUCGGACACAAUACGAAUGGCCAGUAUAUUGAACGAGCUGGUGCUAUUCAGUAUGCUGUAGUUAAUCAACCUAAAGCCAUUACGACUUAUGUGGAAAAAAACAAAAGCAAAGUGGAAGUUCUACCCAAGCCUGAAAUCAGAGAUUUUUCAUGUGGAACAAAUCACACGGUUGCGAUAGAUGAUCGUAAAAAGACAUACUCUUGGGGUUUCGGAGGCUAUGGACGACUAGGACACGCUGAACCAAAAGAUGAAAUGCAGCCAAGAUUAAUUAAAUACUUUGACGUUCAAAGAAGUGGUGUGAAAUAUGUAGCAUGUGGCCCUGCAUUCAGUAUUGCUAUUAAUGAAUUUGGGGCUGUCUAUUUAUUUGGUCAAAUGAGUAGUAGAGGUGAAGCCAACAUGUAUCCAAAACCCGUACAAGACCUUCAUGGCUGGAGCGUACGUAGUAUCGGUACGUGUGGAAUAGGAUUAGUUGCAGCCGCCGAUGAUUCGUGUAUAUCAUGGGGCUCCGGGACUAGCUCUGGAGAACUGGGACUAGGUGAAUUAAAAAAGUCCAGUGCAAAACCAUGUGAAAUGAAGAAACUUGACGGUGUGUACGUAGAACAUGUUACUUGUGGAGCUUCACAUACAAUUUUACUGGCUCGUGAUGAGUCGGAAGAUGACAAAGACAAUAUUGCUUCAUUGCCGGAGUAUAAACCUGUUGUGGGUUAACACAACUCGCUAGGUAUAUAAAAAUAAACAAAAAAACAACCCUUACAAUUUUUUUACUAGUGUUUAAGAACCAAGUGGUAUUUAAUAAUUUUUUUACUCUAUAAUUUAAUAUUUUUUUUACAAUACGUUUUGUUCCAUUAGACUUAAGCUUUAAUUGUAAAGUAAGCAGAACAAUGUCGAUCAGACCCAAGUUCCUGCUAGAUACAUAUUAAUGGUCUGUUCUUAAUUUUUUUUUCUUAUUAUAAUAUUAUCAUUUAUAAAAUGACAAGUGUCCGCGAUUAUACAUAGUAAAUAAGAAAUUAUACCAAAACAAUUGUUUU